GGUGCCUGUUUUGGUGACAUGAUGAGAAAAUUAUUAACACCUCCAAAUUUAUGAAACUAUUUUUUCACAAAUGCAUAUAUCUACUUAAAAUCUAUUUUCUUCCACUUCUGCCACCCCUGGAUAGCAAGACCACCUCCUCCUCCUCAGCCUACUCAAUGUGAAGACACCCAGGAUGAAGACCUUGAUGAUGAUCCACUUCCGCUUAACGAAAUCUCUACACUUUGUGAAAUUCUCAAUUCGGCCAACUCCUCUUUAUGAAUUGGAGCAGCUUUCCAUCCCCUCUCUGAGGAGGUGACUGAAGUUUGAUGUACAAAUGAUCCCUUCACCCAGCAUUAUCAUCAACAAUUGUCUUAAUACAAGUUUGGAGGCAAAAAGAACGAUUCACAACAAGUACGCAUACAAAGGGGCCAAAUACAUUGAGCAGCAAAACUCCCAAAGCAGACACCGCCGGGGACCCGCUGGAGCGCUUCCGCAAAUCUCGCGAGAUACCAGGCAGCGAUGCCUUUUGCUCCGUUUUCUCGUGAGAGCCCGGGGCUUCAGCUUCUCGUUUGCGGAGUCCGCGGCGGCGUUUCCUGGGGCAACAGCAAUGGCGGCCUCCCUGCCCGAGCGGCUCUUCUCGCUGGAGCUGCUGGUGGACUGGGUGCGAUUAGAAGCCCAGCUGCUGCCUCCCCUCGCUGCCGCAGUGGAGCAGGAGAAGGAAGAGGAGGAAAAGGAGCAGGGGGAGGCCUCGUCGCCGCGCGGUCUGUGCCCCGCCGUGGCCUUCCGCCUGCUGGACUUCCCCACGCUGUUGGUUUACCCUCCUGACGGCCCGGGCGCUCCCGCCCCCGAACCGUGGCCCGGUGUCAUCCGCUUCGGUCGCGGCAAGUCCUGCCUCUUCCGCCUGCAGCCUGCUACCCUGCACCGCCGGCUCCUGCGGACCCCGCUUGCCACCUUGAUUUUGCAGCUGCCCCCUGGGCGCCCGACGCCCACCCCGCAGCUCCUGGGGGCCUGCGACAUUUCGCUGGCCACCGCAGCGCACAGGGUCGUGGGGCCGGCCGCCUCCGGAUGCUCCCACCGUCACCGGGGACGUUUCCCCCUGCAUAAUCGAGUGGGUGAGCGGACUGGGGACAUUGCACUGGCCUACCGCCUGACUGACCUGGGAAGCCGCCUGCUGGGCCAACUUGAGCGGCCCCUCACCUUCACCCCCACAGGAGGAGGAGCGGAGGUCAGUCCCCAAACCCAGCAGGAAAGACAGCAGCUACAGCAGCCAGCCUCACAGCCAAGCCCAAAAGAGGCUGAUAGGCCGCUGGGGGAGUUAGAAAUCCUAGAGGCACAGAAGGAUUUGAAGGAAAUGGUUUUCCAGAGUAAGACCGAAUGUGAUAAUGUGGGUUCUGUGGAGAAUGGCAAAACCAAUUCUGUUGUUACAUGUUCAAGUGCUGGCAAUGGGAGAAAUGUUAGCUCCCUAAAUGAGGAAGUCACAGAAUUGGACACGGAGACCAAUAUAUUUUGCCCUCCUCCUUUGUAUUACACUAACUUGACCCAAGAAAAAUCGCCCCCUGCGCAGGCUAAAAUCACCAUUGAGCCUCAAAUGAAUGUACCUGAGGAAUUGGAUGGUGCUUCUCCUGAAAAAAAGCGUGUAAAUCCCCCAACACACAGGAGUUGUCUAAAACAUCCAAGUUCUGCAACACAUGAGCAUCCUCCAGUGCUUGUAAAUCCUCCACAUAUUCACAAUAUAGGAGCAAUUAAUCAAACAUGUCAAACUGAACAAAAUCGAAUUAAUACAAUAAGGCAGUUGCCUUUGUUAAAUGCUUUGUUAGUUGAGUUGUCCUUGUUAUAUGACCAACCUGUGACAAGUCCUGCUCAUAUACAUCCUCACCUAGCCUGGUUAUAUAGGACUGAGGAUAAGAAGUCACCCGAAUCUUCUGCCAAAUCCACAUGCCAGUCUGAAUCCAAGAAGGAUAAGCGUUCUAUGGGGGGAUGUGAAAAGUCAGUGAGUCUUCAGUAUAAAAAGAACCAAAUUGAAAACUGUAAGGAAGAUAAAUAUUCUGAAAAGAGCAGUGGUGCCCUCCAUAAAAGAGUUCCAAAAAGGAGGCUACUUUAUGGCUUAACAAAUACACUAAGACUACGUUUAAAGCUGACAAAUCCUGAUAUGUUGGUGGUACAUGAAAAAAGAGAACUAUAUAGAAAAACACAAUCACAAAUGUUGGGUACAAAAUUCAGAAUUCCAUCAUCCAAAGUUAAACUAUUAAGCUCUGCAAAACAAAGUCAGAAGCCACAACUGCCUAAAGAUAAGUAUUUAGAUUCAGAUGCAUCUUUUACUGAAAGUAGUGAUACCUCAAGACAAAUCAGUGGAGUUUUUGAUGAUCCCAGCACAAGUAAAGAAACUAAACUGAAAUAUGCAACUGAAAAAAAGACAGUUGAUUGUAGUAAAAAUAGAAUCAAUAAUGUUUCGUUGGAAGAAGUGAGUCCUGCAGAUUCCAUUAUUCCAGAAAGGCUUACCCCUACAAAUAUUCUGGGAGGAAAUGUGGAAAUGAAAAUCCAAAGUCCAUGUGUUUUCCAACAGGAUGCUGUUGUUGACAGAAUUAUAGAUAAGGAAAUAGAUAUUAGACAGGUCAAAACCACAGAUAAUGACAUUCUUAUGGCUGAUAUAAGUGACAAGAGACCAGGUAAAAAUAGUUGCUAUGAAAACAUCUCAGAACUGAAGUAUUCAGAUGAUUUAUCUAGCCCUUGCUAUUCUGAAGAUUUCUGUACCACUGAGGACACCAGCAGAAGUUUAAAAGCUCAUGAUAGCAGUUCAAGGACAGAAAAUCCAAAACGUAGUCAAUAUACAAGCAAGUCUAGUGACACACGAGUGUCCAAAAAGAAAAACAGUAGUGACAGGAGUUCUAUCCUUAGCCCACCUUUUUCAGCCGGGUCACCUGUACACUCACACAGAAAAUUUCCUAUUUCAAAGACUCAGGAUAAAAGUUUGGAGGAAGCAUCUAGUAUCUCUGCUAGUGAUUUAUCUUCAACACAUUGGACUGAAGAAAAAGAAAACCAGAUAGAUCAAAAUAGUAUGCACAAUUCUAAAAUUACAAAGAGAGGUCAAGACAUCUCUGUUAAAACAAGAAGUAGUUGGAAAUCUUUAGAAAAAAGCCAGUCACCACGAACAUCCCAAGUGAGUUCUUACCUGCUUUCAAAUGUGUCCGAACUUAAUGUCCUGGAUAGCAGUACAUCAGAUCACUUUGAAGAAGACGAUGAUGUUGGUUCACUAAAUAUUUCCAAGCAAUGCAAAGAUAUUUGUGAAUUAGUAAUAAAUAAACUUCCAGGAUACACAAUGUAAAAAUACAUGCUUUUAAAAAACUUUCAACAACCUAUGUGUACUGUUAGUGAAAAAAAUUUUAAAGCUGUUUUAGUUCAUGAAUUAUGUGAAUAAUUUUUUAAAGAAAUAUGAAUGUUACUCCUUUGAUGUUUAAAUGGUAUUUUACCAUUAAUCUGAUAAUAUUGAUUAUUAAAUCGUAUAAACAGAUUUCUUUUUAAAUUGUUUAAUCAUAAGAAUAAAAGUGUAUCUUUCUAAAUUGUCUCUUUUAAAGUGUCUAGUCUACAGUAUUGAUCAUUCUAAAGCUGACUUCAUGCACACCACUGAAAAAGAAGGCUAGUUAGUAAGGACAGCCUCAAAUUUUAAUUGGAACGAAUUAUUUAACAAAUAUAGAAGACUUACUGUGUUAGAUGCAGAAAGGUGCAGAAUCUGUCUAUUUAUGAUAGAGCCCUUGCUGUUUUAAGAGCUUACCGUUGUAUGUAGAUAAGAAGUCUUCCUUUACAUAUACAUAUCCCAUAUCCCCAAUAGGUGAAGUUGCUUUUAUAUGCUGUCAUAGUGCUCUCCACCUUUUCUUUGUAAGCCACAAUUUGUGUGAUUACUUGAUUAAACUUUAUCUUCCGCUAGGCUUCAGUUGUGUGAUGGGAUCAUAUUUGUUUUACACAUCAGUACAUUUUUGUAUCUAGCACAAUUCCUGGCAUGUGGCUGCAGUGCAAUAAAAACAUUUGUUGAAGAAAAUGAAGCCCAGGCAUUUAAAAUACCUAAUGGGAGGAUUUAGAAUUAAGCAGCAAAAAUAAGCAGAUUCCCUAAAAAUAAACCUGCAGAAAAUCCUUACUGGAGAUACGUUUGACUGUAAUAUUUUUGUUUUGCUUGACAUAAAUAUCCUUCAGGUGUUCUCUGAAAUAUUUGGAAAGGGAAACUUAAAAAGGUAUCUUUUAUACAGUUUCUGAUAUAGGAGUUCAGUUUCUUGUCAUUUCAGUUUGUUCAAUGGUUAUUUUUAGUGUAUGAAAAUUUGUUUUUAUGAAAUCCAGUGAUAAUUUAUAAUUUAUUCCAUAGGUUUUAUAUUUAGACUUUAUUCUGUGUUCAAAUAUUUUCAUAUAUUUUCUUCUAGCUGUGUUAUACUUUAAUUUUUAGACUUUUUAAUAUAUCUAACGUUUUUGAAUGUAUGAAGUAAGAUUCUAAUUUCCUUUCUUUAGAGGUAAUUAAUUAUAUAGGUAUUCUGAAUGAUCAUAAUACUAGAAUAUAGAUGGUAAAAAGAGAGAAGAGGAUGUUACAUUUUGGGGAGCAAUGUGAAUAAAAGAAUGAUGAUGGGAAUGAGCCUGAUACAUUUAUGGGACAAUUUAAAAUAUUAUCUUGAAUAGAAUGAUAGAUUCAGGCUACAGAGUGGUAGAAAAGACACUUGUUGAGUAAGGAAAAUGCCAGAUUACAGAAAGCCUCAAAUGCUGAGUAUAAUAAUAGAAUUCUAAGCAAUAGGAAUAACAUUAUUUUAGGUUAUAAAUGAGCACUAGUAAGUAGUCAUGACAUAUUGAAAAUUUUAAAUUAUUGAAAAUAAUAGGCAAAUUAUAUCAGUAAAAGUUUUGAAAUAUGAAAGGUUUCUGUGGCUAGUGGCUAUGAUCUUAAUUUUUCUAAAAUAUAAAACAUGUAGUAUAACAUUUCACAAAAUCAAAAUAUUGUAAUGCCAGGUAUUGUAACUAGAUGUUUAAUGAUGUCAACUGUGUAAAUUGUUUAAUAGCAAUUUGUCAUUACUAUGGAAGAGACAAUAAAAAUAUAAGCAAUAUCAGAA